GUUUCCCAGCUCUAUUGCCAGCACUAAUCUUGUUUUUCUUUCACGGAGUCGUCAUCGUUUUUGGCCCAUUUGCAGAGAAAAAGCGAACUAUUUGCUGCAAAGCCACGAAAACUCUUAACGAACGGGAAAAGCGACACCGCAAGACUUCACACAGACCACCAAAAUCAAACUUUGGUCACCGCCACACCCGCAAGGCAAGGAACAACAGGGAGUUCUUAGCAAGACACAGUCAAACCACUGCCCCUGCCCUGGUUUCGUGAAUCACCAGUGAGAGAAGCAGCAGAAAUAUGGAACAGACGCAGAUCACCGAUGCGGAUAAGGUGCGCAUUGUGUCGGACUUCAUCCUGCACGCCCCGCCCGGCGAGUUCAACGAGGUGUUUAACGACGUGCGCGAGCUGCUAAAGAACGACACUCUGCUGAAGGACGGGGCCAGCCACGCCUUCUCACAGUACAACAAGGACCAGCUGACUCCGGUCCGCAUCGAAGGAAGUGAGCACAACGCGAUCAUAUCGGAGUACAACGAUCUCGGCAAUGGUCGCUUUUACGAUCCGCGAACAAAGCAGGCCUUUAAAUACGACCACUUACGAAAAGAGGCCGCCGACUACCAGGACGUGGAGGCGGAUGCCAAUGCGGAACCAUGGAGAGCUGCCCUGGACCUGGAGACGCUAGCCUACACUGCCAGUCACUAUAGACACGGGGUCAGCUCUGUCUUUGGAAAAUCGCAGGGCAACCAGAUUACCCUAACCAUUUGCAUCGAAGACCAUCAGUUCCAGCCGAAGAACUACUGGAACGGGCGAUGGCGCUCACAGUGGCACGUCAGCUUCCAGGCAGGCAGUGGCUCCGCCGAACUGAAGGGCGUGCUGAAGGUACAAGUGCACUACUACGAAGACGGAAACGUGCAGUUGGUGUCCUCGAAGGAGUGCCGCGAAAGCGUAGUGGUUAGCAGCGAGCAGCAGCUAGCCAAGGAAGUGAUUCGUCUGAUUGAGGAGGCCGAGAACGAGUACCAACUGGCGAUUUCGGAGAACUAUCAGACGAUGUCAGACACGACCUUCAAGGCCAUGCGCCGUCAGCUCCCAAUAACGAGGACCAAGAUCGACUGGAGCAAAAUCGUUUCGUACAGCAUUGGUAAGGAGCUGAAGACGCAAUAAGACCAGGAGGUGCAAGCGGAAGCGGAGGGGACACAGUCGACAAAGCGGCCCAACAGUCUUCCACUUGCCAUGGACAAGCGAGCAUAGGAACCGAUCAGCAGCAUUAACAUAAACAUAAAAUCCAAACCGAAAGAGCAGGAGUUCGAAUAGGGGCGGGCUGGCGCCCGCACAAAUUGAAUGUCUGUAACUUGCUAUAUACAUACGAACCUAUACAUACAUAUAUAUAUACAGCGUGUAUUUAUACUGUGUUAUUGAAAGAUGAAAGUGCAUAUACAUUACUACAUAUAUAUUAACUACGAUCGGAGAGGAUUUGAUUGCAUGCAUUUGGAUAAUUGUAGCCGUAGCCUGACGGUGAAUGAUGCUCCUGCCUCGUUCGAGUUCGAGACACCAUCGAUCGCCACCAAUUGUCGCCUUUAUCGUUUAAGAAAAGCAUUAAACGCGGUUUUUAUCAUGUACUUUCA